AUGGCUGCAUUGAUGGCCGCUGUGCUGGUCGUCGUCCUUGUCAGCCAUUCGAACAAGGACGUAGUCUCUGCUCAAGGGAACAGUGCACGGCUUGUAGAGCUACAGAAACUACAAGCCAUGGGUGAGACGGGUGGAGUGACGAUAUCAGCCGGGCCAGUUUCAGCUAAGGAGGGGCUUGACAGCGAGCUUGAAGAUUAUCAGCGAGUCAAACUCGAGCGUCGACAAGUGAUGGACUUCUGCGACUCGAAGUUUUCAUCGUGGGUAAACAUUCAAAAGUGCAUUGCAGAGCUAUUCAAAAAUGCGCAUUACUAG